GAGAAAGGAAGGCUGGGAAGAAUAAGGGGUCAGUCCAGGGUUUGUCCUCGAAAGGAGAGGAACUUGUGUGUGAGGAAUGAGUGUGCAUGUGUUUAAGGUCAUUUUUUCACCCUGUACAAAGAGGACAUAAUAAUAAUCCACCGCCAUGAGUCGGACCACCUUCUUUGAGGUGAAGGUCCUGGAUGCAAAGACCAAAGAGCAGCUUUGUUUUUUAGAUAAGGUGGAGCCUUACUCAACAAUAGGAGACAUCAAAAGCCUUUUUCACAAAUCAUAUCCUCACUGGUAUCCAGCAAGACAGGCGCUGAAGCUUGAUCCUAAGGAAAAAUCCCUCAGAGACGACGAAAUCUUGCAGAAUCUACCAGUUGGGACUACUGCCACCAUGUACUUCAGAGACCUUGGGCCACAGCUGGGUUGGACAAUGGUGUUUCUGGCAGAGUGCGUCGGGCCCCUUCUCAUCUACCUCCUCUUCUACUGUCGAGUACCGUACAUUUACUCACACAGAUAUGCCUUUACCUCCAGUCCUCUUCCUGUUGUCACACUAGCCUGUGCCUGUCAUACCUUCCACUAUAUGAAGAGGUUGAUAGAGACUAUCUUUGUGCAUCGUUUCUCCCAUGGGACCAUGCCUCUCAGGACAAUAGUCAGGAAUUGUGCCUAUUAUUGGGGUUUCUCAGCUUGGUUGGCCUACUAUAUCAACCACCCUCUUUAUACACCUCCAUCAUAUGGAGAGCUACAAGUUAACUAUGCAUUAGUUAUAUUUGUGAUGUGUGAACUGGGCAACUUCUCCAUUCACUUGACUCUUAAUAAUCUCAGAGGAGAUGGAUCCAGGGGCAGAAAGUUUCCUAUGCCAACCAAGAAUCCCUUCACAUGGUUAUUUUUCUUUGUAUCCUGUCCAAAUUAUACAUACAAGGUUGGAGCUUGGGUGAGCUUUUCCAUCAUGACCCAGUGUCUGCCAGUGGCAUUGUACACAUUAUUGGGGUUCAUUCAGAUGACCAUUUGGGCCAAAGGGAAGCACAGAGCCUACAGCAGGGAGUUCAAGGACUAUCCCAGCCUCCGGAUGGCCAUUAUUCCCCUGAUUCUCUAAAAGUAUUGUACCAAGGGUUGUCUUUCACUAAACAAAGACGUUUGCUGCUGCUGCAUCCAGCAAUAUUUUCAUAUCAAUAAAUAAACUGAAAGAAGUGGUAAUAGAAGCAAUAAUGUUAUGGCAAUACACUGGAGCCUUUUAAAAAUAACUUUUAAUAUUUUAAUUUUUCUGUUUCAACAAUGGGUUUUAGUUUCUUCCGAGGAGUUUAAUUUGGUGUUGUGAUAUGAAGUUAGCAAUAUUAUGACAUCUUAAUUGCUGUCAUAUUCUCUCUGCUGUGUUAAAUUUUUUAUAAUUUUUUCAUAUUUGGCUCCUUUAAGUCUUGAUUUAAGGUUGAAAAAUGGCACUUUAGCGUUUUAGCAAACCUUAUUCAAACCAGUGAGUAGUACUUACUGUGUGAUGGCUUAUUAGCCACAUUACAGCAUUAAUAAUGUUUUCAGGUUAAGUAAAAGAAAUAAAAUAUAUUGUAGCUCAUUAAAGUGCCUGCAGAAGCAAACUAACAGACAAAUUAAUAUGUCAUGUCAUCCAUUUGAGAGUGCAACAUCACUUUUAAGCUCUCAGCAGGAAUGCUGAGAAAGCGGACAUUUAAUUAUGCUAAUAUUAAGCUUCUCUACUGUAUAUCUCAGAUCGUUUUCUUCCAAGAAAUGGAAACUGUACUGUAGAAGUGUAACUCCUGGCAUUAAUGUGUAGAGGGCUCAUCAGGUAGUCAGUAAUAACUACUGUGGUUCUCUAGCCCUUGAUGUCUAAUCUCAGGUUUAUUAAACUGUUAUAAACUGUUUCCUAUAAAUGUGAAUGUGAAAAAAUCUCAAGCAGUUCUAGUGUAGAAAAAAAUCAUCAAAAAACAUCUGUAAAAAAAAAAAAAAAAGGUUCACAUCUUAAGGAAAAAGUCAAUUUAUUUGACAUAAUGUUCCUCUCAGAAACUUUUGUGACAUUGUUUCAACUUUCUCUAACGACACCAGGUGCUGGUGGAAUGCAGACAGUUUACAUAUUUAUACUGUUUAUGAUGAAGGGCAAAGACUGAAGUGACAUUGGUGGCAUAAAAAUAUCACACUGUAUCGAAAUUAAUUUCAUAGCAGCAAGAUUUUGUAAAAAAUUAACUAGUAUUGCACUAGCAGAUUUGUUAAGCAGAUUGCCAAACAUCUUGGUAAAAAUUGUGAUGCUUUAAUUAAAGCUGCAUCAAUAAAGUGCUAAGACUAUG